AUGUCGCUUCCAACUCUCGAGGGGAAGAUCAACUGGGCAGCAAUCUCAGCUGAGGAAGAGGACUCAUUCGUGCCAGACGUAUGUGAAGUGACAUAUGCGGAAGCUGCUGAAGGUGUAUCUAAACUCACAGCGAAGAUUGGGAAAAUUAUGGAGAGUGAAUCGAGUCGUCCUCCUGGUUUCGGAUUUCUGAUGGACGGCCAAGGUUUGAUUUUACCGGAGGACUCGAAAACGAUUCAGUCUGUGAUGGCUUCGGACGAAUUCACCACCAAGGACGUUGCUAUGAAGACUCUAGUCGUGAAGCAAGGGGCUAGCAGGGCGAGGACGCUUUUGAAGCUGACCCGAGACCUUUCGGAUGAACGAGAUGUAACUCGACCGCGGCGGUCUGUCCCCAAAGGUGGCUUUAAGGCGCAACUUAUGCAUCAUGCUGUAGCAGCAACUAAAUUGGUUGGUCAAGAUGAGCUCAGCAACGAUGAGGAGAAUCCAAAGAGCCAGAUUUCGGUAGUAGGAGCCAACUUCUUCGACACGCUAGCUGCCCGAGUGGUGUCUCUAUCGGCGAGUUUAACCAUAGCUGAAAUCGGCGUUCUGUUGGCGGCGUUUUCGAAGGUUGGAGUGUAUCAUGAUUAUAUGUGCAUCAACCCGGCAGUGCUGAAAGGUCUGCCGUGGAUGUCUGCGAGUGAGAGCAUCAUCAUAGGGGCAUUUUAUACGAAAUUAGCGGAGAAGUUCGAGCUGAUCGAUGAAGAAAGGCAGAUUCUGUCGCAUUGUUUGGGUGAGUAUCUUAUUGGGCCUACUUUGAAUCUUUGA